AGAAUGCUGUGUCCCAGAGGCAUGUUCCAGCAGUUGAGUCUAGUUGUGUUCCUGCUGUGCUCCCCAGUGCCACUCUACGGGAGACCCAUCGAUGCUCUCACUAACAGAAUGAGGAGGUCAGUGAGUCACGCCCAGUUGAUGCACGACAAGGGCCGGUCUCUGGAGGAGUUCAAGAGACGGCUCUGGCUCCAAGGGCUACUAGAUAAAGUCCACACAGCCGACAGCGAGCGAGCCCCACCUCCCCAGAGUAGGAACAACGGCAACGGGGGCCACAUCACCUUCAGCGGGAGCGCCCUACGCCCCCCCAAACCCCCCGGAGGGACCAAGAACCUCCCUCUGAGUUUCCAGCUGGGAGGGGAGGUGGGCAACCUCCCCCAGGAGACCAACAAGUCUGUGGCCUACAAGGACCAGCCGCUGAAGGUGUCCACCAAAAGGAAAAAGAAGGUGAAGGGAGAGAGAGGGAGACGGAGGGAGAGCGAGAAGAGGAGGCGGCGGGCUCGCGACACAACCCUUGUCAUGACAUGGGAGACACAUAGGGAGUCACAGAGGACGCUAGACAGACCACAUCAUGUAGCCUUUGGGUGGCGCUGAACUAAUAACUCUGACAGACAGAGAAGUUCCAGCAUGACUGAUUGAGAUCUCAACGACUCUCAAGCAAAUAACUGAAACAGUCUCCCCAUACCAUAGUGGACAUUGUUCUUUGCCUUUCUUGUUUUAAUCAGCUGCUUUUUCUAUUUUUUUUUGCCUUGAUAUAAAGUACUUUUAUAUAUCCAGAGAUCAGAGGUGUUUUCAUACUUUAUAACAACACAUAUUACUUUUGUAUUCGUAUUUAUUAGGUGAAUAAUAUGCAGAUCUUGAGAUAUGUCAAAUGACAAACUAUGCUUCACUCCUUCUUCUUUAUAAUUCGUGAGAAAACGAUGUACGACAGGUGCCUUCCAGGGGCUGAUCACACACUCAUCCAACCAGAUGCCCAUAUGUAAAGUAGAGCAUAGGCUACGCGGUAAACGUUACGCAUUUGUUGACUAUACAUACUUAAAUUCACAAAAUUAGGGAGGACUAUUCUUUUUAAAGCUUGGUGGCUCUUGUGAAUAUUUUUUUAAAAUCUGUAUUUAGCAUCCAUAACAAAUAUUUCUCCCAUAAUUUAUUUCAUUUGAACUGUGUAUUUAUUUUGUGAAUGUAUUACGGUGCUGCUGACUUUUGUUCAUUUUAUCAUAACAAUAUAAUGCACUUUAGAUAUAAUGAUGAUAUCCUUAUGUUUUUGUUAAGUUACACAAGUGUUCUCCUUUGUGGUUGAUUUUUUGUUUUUUGAAAAAUGUUCCUUCCUUCCUGUUGAUAAAUGCUUCAUUUUUAUUUGUAUUUAUUUUA